AUGCAUUUCGCCUCGUCCAGCGAGAUCCCCAACUUUGGAGGAUACAUUCUAUCCGCUGUCAAGAUGAAGACUGGCAGGGUUUCACUUCUUAGUUUUGCAGUUUCUGAAACGGACUGGGUCGGAAUGGUGCUUACAUUCGUCGAUGAUUCGCCGCGCAGCUGGCGGAACAUUUACAGGAAUGUUGCAGGAGUGGUAAGCGUCCCCGAAAUUCUCGUCAACAUCGAGUGUGAGAGAUUCGCCCUUGUUGAAUUGGCGGGCAACUCUCGAUCUGCUCCAGGUAUCGAGGAUCUUGGGACCGGCAGGCACAAGCUUGGACGGGCGAUGAAAUGUCUUUCCUGCAUUCUUGCCCCUCAUGACAUGGCGUCGCAUCUGCUUUUUGGCAUUUCUAUCGGCCUGGAUGCCAUCGAUGAAGAGGAAUUUAUUGCUCAUAUUUGCGUCGGCUCUUCUCGUCUCGUAUGA